CAAGUUCCAAGAGAUAGAGAGCCAAGAGGAGGAGAGAGAGAGAUUCCCAAUGCCCAAAUCAUUUCCAUGCGGAUCUUGCAGCCCUUGGCGGCGCCCACCAGCUACAUAAGGUGACACCACCCCACCGGCGUCACAAACACACUCGCACAGAGCCACCAUUCCCUCACCGAGCAGCAGAGGCCCGCGUCGGAGCGAGGAGGCAGCCAUGGGCGAGGAGGUCAAGAAGGAGGAGGAGAAGCCCAAGGAGGCGGAGGAGAAGAAGGAGGGCAAGUCCAAGGAGGAGGAGAAGGCCAAGGAAGGCGGGGAGGAGAAGCCCAAGGACGGGGAGGAGAAGAAGGAGGAGGCGCCACCGCCACCGCCACCGGAGGAGGUGGAGAUGCGGGUCUACAUGCACUGCGAGGGCUGCGCCAGGAAGGUCAAGAAGAUCCUCAAGCGGUUCGAUGGAGUUGAGGACGUGAUUGCUGACUCGAAGGCGCACAGGGUGCUGGUGAAGGGGAAGAAGGCGGCCGCCGACCCUAUGAAGGUGGUGGAGCGCGUCCAGAAGAAGACCGGCCGCAAGGUGGAGCUCCUUUCGCCGAUACCGCCUCCACCGGAGGAGAAGAAGGAAGAGCAGAAGGAGGAGCCCGAGCCGCCGAAACCCGAGGAGAAGAAGGAGCCGCCGGUGAUCGCCGUCGUGCUGAAGGUGCACAUGCACUGCGAGGCCUGCGCUCAAGUUAUCAGGAAGAAGAUCCUCAAGAUGAAAGGAGUGCAAACUGCAGAGCCAGACUUGAAGGCAUCGGAGGUGACAGUGAAGGGUGUGUUCGAGGAGGCCAAGCUGGCCGAGUACGUGCACAAGCGCACCGGCAAGCAUGCGGCCGUUGUCAAGUCCGAGCUGGUCACCCCGCCCGAGAACGCCGGCGACGACAAAGCCAAGGAAGAGAAGAAGGCGGAAGGCGGCGACGAGAAGAAGGAAGACAAGGAGGAGAAGAAGGAUGGCAAAAAUGGCGGCGGGGACGAGAAGGAGCAGGAGAAAGAGAAGGAGGGCGGCAGCGCCGGCAGCGAAGAGAAGGACAAGGAUAAAGAGAAAGACGCCGCCGUCAACCUGUACAUGCAUUACCCACGGUUCGGGUUCCCCGGCGGAUACUACCCGCCGCCCCCGCCCGGGUACGCCUACCAGCUGGCCUACCCGCCGCCGUACCCGCCGCAACCGGCGCCAUACGCGCCGCAGAUCUUCAGCGAUGAGAACCCGAACGCGUGCUCCGUUAUGUAAAAAGCGAGAACUAUGGGGUCUAGAGCGAAAAAAUAAGAAGGGGAAAUAGCGAGUGACCUCAUAAUUCGGAGGUUGUCAUUGCAAGAAAUGCCCUUGAUCAAAGCAAAUGGCAACUUGAAGAAAAAGCACCAGGCUUUUUGAGGUGUUAGAUUUCCAUUUCUUUCUCUUUUUUUUGUAAUUUUAACUUUUUUUUUUACUUUGUGGUAUAAAGUAAGUCUGGACUUCCUUGUAGAAUUUCGCCUUUAUGGAUGCUAUCUUUAUGUAGAAUUUCGCCCCUCAACUUCAAACUUCUAUAAAAUCUACAAUAUACUACUAUAA